AAAAUCACGAAAUUGCCAUUUACCUGUCUUCCCCCAAAAGAAAAACCCCAGAGGAAUUUUUAAAAACCAAAAACACGAACAACCCAACAAAAUUGACGAGUUGACCACUCACGUCUCCACCGAGCCACCACCGCCCCAUUACUCGCUCCUCCUCUUUUCUUGCUUUCUUUUAAACAUCUAUUUCUCUUUAAACAUACAUUUUGGGUUCUUUCUAAUCACUUGCCAUUCGAUCCGAAUGUACAAUUCCAAAUCAUCCCUUUUACUCCUACUCUUUCUCAUCAAUUCCUUCAUCUUCUUCUGCAAUGCGGAUUCUGGUACAAAAUGCUCCAACACGAGCUCCCUAAUCGGCUUCGAAUCCAAUUUCACCAUGGUCCAACACCAACUGAGAGGCCAUUUCAAAAUCCUCGAUGAUUGUUCUUUCCAAGUAUCCAGAUUUGACAUGUUAUCCGGUUCUUCCGACGUCGUUUUCUGGGGGGCGGUCGCCGUCGAUUUCUCUAACAUCACCCGUGGGUUCCCGAUCUCCGAUCACCGCCUCAACCAAACAACUUACAAAAACGCGUCGUUUUCGAUCCAAUUACUCCCCAACGUCACCUGGGACCAGAUCAAAGUUCUCUCCGUCUGGGACGUCACCACGUUAUCGGACUUUGGCCACCUCACCCUCCCCACCAACGGGUCGGAUUUUUAUCCAAGCAGGGUACAUACAAUGUUCGAUAACUGCAAGAACUUGUCGGGUAAUUAUAGGGUUCGGUGGAGUUUGAAUGUGGAGGACAACUGGAUUGAGAUCGGGCUAGAAGCGGCUACCAAGACGAUGAAUUACAUGGCGUUUGGCUGGGCGAAUCCGAAAGGAACCAAGGAGCUGAUGUUAGGAGCAGACAUCGCGGUAGCGGCUUUUACGGAGGAAGGUAGGCCCUUUGUUGAUGAUUUUUACAUUACGAGUUAUAGUGAGUGUAUGUUGCAUGGUAAAGAUGGUUCAGCCGUAGGUGUUUGUCCUGAUGUAGUUUAUGAGAAUACCACCAACGGCAUGACGCUAAAUAAUACUAAGUUGGUUUAUGGACAUAGGAGAGAUGGGGUUUCCUUUAUUAGGUUUAGGAAACCAUUGAAUUCGUCGGAUGAUAAAUACGAUUUGCCUGUGAAUCCUACCGAGGAAAUGACGGUUAUUUGGGCAUUAGGGUUGAUGAAACCGCCUGAUACUAUCCGGCCAUAUUAUUUGCCCCAAAAUCACGGGGGUCCAAUGAUGGUUGCAUAUGGACAUUUGAGGCUUAAUGCUUCAGAGAAUGUGGAUGAUUGUUUUGGGCCAUUGGAUGCUGAUGAUAAGCAGGACCAAGAUUUGAUUAUUGCCAGUGCAAAAGUUCCGCUUGUUGUUACGACUGGGGAGGCGUUGCAUUAUCCAAAUCCACCAAAUCCAUCAAAGGUUUUGUAUAUUAAUAAGAAGGAGGCUCCAGUUUUGAGAGUGGAAAGAGGGGUUCCUGUGAAGUUUUCAGUGCAGACAGGUCAUAAUGUUGCUUUGUAUAUUACUUCUGAUUAUCUAGGUGGGAAUGCAACAUUGAGGAAUGCGACUGAGACUAUUUAUUCUGGUGGGCCAGAAGCAGAAGGAGUCAUGGCAAGCCCUUACGAAUUGGUUUGGGCUCCCGAUAGGAAUACCCCUGAUCAAGUGUUUUAUCAGUCAUUAUACCAGCCCAAGAUGGGGUGGAGAGUCGAAGUUGUUGAUGGUGGUCUUUCUGAUAUGUAUAACAAUAGCGUGUUUUUAGAUGAUCAGCAAGUUACUUUCUUUUGGACAAUAUCUAAGGAUUCAAUAUCUAUUGCAGCCCGUGGUGAAAAGAAGAGUGGCUAUCUAGCUAUAGCUUUUGGUGGUGAGAUGGUGAAUAGCUAUGCUUAUGUGGGCUGGAUUGACAAUGCCGGAAAAGGGCGUCUAAAUACAUAUUGGAUUGAUGGAAAGGAUGCCUCAAAUGUGCAUCUGACGAAUGAGAACUUGACGCAUGUCAGGUGCAAGUCAGAAAAUGGCAUCAUUACUUUUGAAUUCACACGCCCCUUUAAUCCAUCAUGCAGUAGUCAUGAUAAGAAGAAAGAGUGCAAGAACAUUCUUGAUCCAACAACUCCUCUUAGAGUAGUUUGGGCAAUGGGUGCUAAGUGGUCUGAGCAUCUUAGUGAGAGAAAUAUGCAUUCUGUCACGAGUCAAAGGCCUGUGCGUGUGAUGCUUAUGCGCGGUUCUUCUGAGGCUGAGCAAGAUUUACGACCGGUAUUAGCUGUACAUGGAUUUAUGAUGUUCCUCGCAUGGGGUAUUCUACUUCCUGGUGGAAUAUUGGCUGCUAGAUACCUUAAACAUGUAAAAGGUGAUGGAUGGUACCAAAUUCAUGUUUACUUACAGUAUUCGGGAUUAGCAAUUAUCCUACUUGCCGUUCUUUUUGCUGUUGCUGAACUUCAUGGUUUCUUUGUUAGCUCAUUACAUGUUAAGUUUGGGAUUGCUGCUAUAUUUUGUGCCUGUGUACAACCAGUGAAUGCAUACCUCAGGCCUAAGAAACCUGAUCAUGGUGUGGAGGCUUCCUCAAAUAGGAUUAUUUGGGAAUAUUUCCAUGUAAAUGUUGGCAGAGGUGCCAUUGUUGUAGGAAUAGCAGCGCUUUUCACUGGAAUGAAGCAUUUAGGAGAAAGAUAUAAAGGAGAAAAUGUCCAUGGACUUAGCUGGGCAUUAAUAAUUUGGUUCUUGAUAGGUGCACUGAUAGUCAUUUAUUUGGAGUAUCGCGAAAGACAGCGGAGGAGGGACCGGUUUUUAGGAAGGGGCAACUGGGUCCUAGGCAAUGUUGAAGAAGACGAUUCUGUUGACCUUUUAAACCCACACCAUGCUUCCGCACGAACAGGUUCACAGAAUUCUGGACUAAUGGAAGUUCAGUUAGAGCCAUUGAGCAGAUGAAUUUAUUGAUGCAUAUAUAUAUAUAUAUAUAUAUUUCUGUUUUUGGAUAUAAAAGCACAAUUCUUCGCCAGUUUCGGGAGUUUCCUACAAACACUGAGUUUAGCAGAGCUGUUUCUUUUCUUUGACGGAUUUCCCCGGGAUGGGUUUACUGUAUGAGAAUUUUUUUUCUGCCUCCCAACGCCUCCUGUGAAGAUCAAUUUGUGUACAGCAUGUAUUUUGUACACUUGAUACUCCUCAUAGCAUAGUGGAAGGAUUUAUCAGUUUACCGGAACCUCAUUUCUGAGUGAAAGGUACCUUACUUCGUUUUCAGAUGAGAUCAGUCAUUAGAUUGUCUAGUUUUCUUUCACAAUACUUGCAAAUGAUACAUGGAUCUUCUAACAAUACAAUCUAGUCUCUUUUCCAGUAA